UGUAUUUAGGGAGUUUGAGGUUGAGUUUCCCCAAGAAUAAUGAGGGGUGAAUCUGGGUGCUUUUUUUUGAGUUUAUUUACUUGUUAAGCAAGCAUUAGCAGUGCUGCGUCCGUAUUAGCCUGGGGAGGAACGUAGACACUGGCAAUGAUGAAAGAGGCGAACUCGGCUUACACUUCAAAAACAGCGACUCCAAGUCUGGGCUGCAGUGUGUGUAGAGCUCCGAGACAUGAUAUUUGUAUAUUCUGCCACCUUUUGUUCCGCUCGAUGUAGUUGGAAGUCUGGAAGCAUUAUGGGGCCAACGAAGUAUAUAUGAUGAAGACAUUGCUGGUUACGUACAUCGCUCAUACCUGCUCUUAUUUUAGUGAUAAAGUUGUGCAUCAACUUUAUGAUGACACAACGAAAAAGUGAAUGAAGCUAACUCCGGCCAUGUCUGAAAACCAACUAUGCUUCACUUUGUUGGUUAAAAAUCCCAGACAAUUAUUUUUAUCGUCACAGACAAUGUUGCAAACAUGUUUGCUUCUGUACAACUGGAAAAUGUAACACACUGCAGUUGUUUUGACUUGUGCAACUCACAGAUAAAACUUAAAACCACUUGCACGACAAACAGAAUAUUAUUAUUCUAUUGACAACAUCUGCAUGGCAUAUUUUCAACAUCAGAUCAUUUUUGGCUCGUUCAUGUAUCUUUUCAGGAUACAUAGUCAUUUAUAUUACAUGAUAUAUAUAUAUUAUUUGUUUUCAUUCUGUGAUGAUAUUGUGUUUUCAAUGUGUUUUGUAGUUAUGAAAGGAUCCAUCAAGCUUGCCUUUAAAAAAAGGUUAUCUGAGACCACCGCCUCUGGUGUUUCAACAAUUGUUGGAGGAGAGUGUCUCUCUGACCGGUGAAUGAGAUGAGGAGUACUCAGAAGGUGGAAUUCAGUCAGGGCAUGGAUGACAUCAGAGAGGACACGCUCCGGCAGUUGGACCCAAGAGAUGACCAGUUUCAAUACACCUGACAGCCAAUUGAUGAUGCAUACAAUCUGCGAGAGAGUUGGUAAACCAAGAAACUACGGCCAGAGCAACCAAAAGAGACAGGAAGAGGGGAGGAUAAAGACCGGGGAGAAGGCAGAGAGGGAGCAGAAAGAGGUGGAGGAGGCCAGGCAGAGAUCUGCACACUGGGAGAUGUGGACGAAGACUUUAGAGGAGAAGAGGCAAUGGGAAGUGCAGCAGUUGGAGGUUCUGUCUGUUCUAAUGAAGACCUACUUGACGGAGCACAUCAUAACCACUCUGUCUCAGGGCCUGAUUGCAUGCGGCUCAGCGUGGCCAGAGGAUCCAAUAGACUUCCUGGCAGAGUAUUUGAUCAAGAACAACCCCUGACCACAGAAGUCGAUAUGCCCUGGUCCUCCUCUGGCACCCUUCAUUGCAGUAAUGAAAAAGAGUUAUCUUAAUUAUCUUCAUUUUUGUUUUGUUUUGUUCUUUCCUGAAAUUAUUUCAAUGAAAAGUUAUUUUAAAUGAAACCAUUGGGUCAUUUACACAAGAUUGUUUUGAACUCACAACACCCCCCCCCCCCGCACUGCACCUGUAGCACCGGCACAUGAUUUGGUCAUCCCCUUUUUUGAGGAAGUACAACAUGCCCAUAGCAUACCACAAUUUCGUAUGAAGUCAAGAUUCACAGUGAGUUGAGAUGUUAUAUUUGCAAAAUAUUUUACUGUGAAAAGGAAGCUUGUCUGCAACAAGCAGUGGCAGACAAAACAGGU